GGCCGGUGUCCGUCAGGCCGGGCCGCUGCCGCCGCCGCCCCGGGGCUCGGCGGGCCCGCGGCCGCCAUGAGCCAGUUCAGCUUCGGUGCGGGUGCGGCGGGAGGCGGCUUCACUUUCGGCACGCCGAAGACGGCCGCCACGACGGCCACGAGCGGCUUCUCGUUCUCCACGCCCGCCGGCUCGGGGGGCUUCAGCUUCGGCAGCGCGGCGCAGACGCCGGGCAGCAGCGGCCAGCCCGCCGGGCUCUUCUCGUUCAGCACGCCGGGCGCUGCCGCGCAGCCCGCCGGCUUCAGCUUCGGGACGCCGGCCACGGGCGCGGCGGCUCCGGCAGCAACGGCGUUCCCGCUGGGGGCAAAUGCACCCAAGUUAAGCUUCGGAGGCAGCACCCAGCCUCAAGCUGCUGGCACCACAGGGGGCUUUGGGUUUGGCAGCUCGGCGCCAAGCAGCGUGCCCUCGAGUCAAGGAGCAGCCCCUUCUGGCUUUGUGUUUGGAUCUGCUGGCAGCAGCACGGCCAGCACCACGGCAGCCAGCAGCAGCAGCAGCAGCCAGGCUGGGACGACUGGAGGGUUCACCUUUUCCAGUGGCACCACGACUCAGGCUGGAACGACCAUCUUCAGCGUUGGUGCCGCAGCUCCGCAAGCAGCGCCCACCGGGUUGAGCUUUGCAGCAGCCCCUGCAGCUGCUGCCACCACGGCGGCCACCCUGGGAGCUGCCACGCAGUCAGCAGCCCCCUUCAGCCUUGGGGGGCAGCCUGCAGGCCUGAGCUUUGGGUCGUUGACUUCAACAGCAGGCACGAGUGCACCCACAGCCACGCUGACCACCAGUACCAGCCAGGGACCCACCCUGUCCUUUGGACCCAAACUUGGAGUGACCUCCACAGCUGCUACAACAGCUGCCACCACCACAACCUCUGUUCUUGGUUCAACGGGCCCCACGUUGCUUGGAUCUGUAGCGAGCUCUUCGGCACCGACGUCGUCGACCACCACGGGCCUCUUGCUUGGUGCCCCUUCCACUGGGACAGGCAGUCUUGGAUCGCUUGGGUUUGGAUUAAAAGUUCCUGGAACAACAGCUGCCACCACCAGCACUGCCACUAGCACCACAUCAGUUCCUGGCUUUGCUUUGAACCUGAAGCCAUUAACUACAACUGGCCCCAUUGGAGCUGGGACUUCUACAGCUGCCCUGACUACAGCAGCACCCACGGCACCUCCGGUGAUGACGUAUGCCCAGCUGGAGAGUUUGAUAAACAAGUGGAGCCUGGAACUGGAAGACCAAGAGAAACACUUUCUCCAUCAAGCGACUCAAGUGAACGCUUGGGAUCGGACGCUGAUAGAGAAUGGGGAGAAGAUUACUUCAUUACACAGGGAAGUAGAGAAGGUGAAGCUUGAUCAGAAGAGACUGGAUCAGGAGCUGGACUUCAUUCUGUCCCAGCAGAAAGAGCUGGAAGACUUGUUGACGCCUCUGGAGGAGUCUGUGAAGGAGCAGAGUGGGACGAUCUACUUGCAGCACGCGGAUGAGGAACGGGAGAGGACCUACAAACUGGCUGAAAACAUAGAUGCUCAGUUGAAGCGUAUGGCACAAGAUCUGAAGGACAUCAUUGAGCACCUGAAUACUUCAGGAGGCCCAGCAGACACAAGUGACCCGCUUCAGCAGAUCUGUAAAAUUUUGAAUGCACACAUGGAUUCAUUGCAGUGGAUUGACCAGAACUCAGCCGUGCUGCAGAGGAAGGUAGAAGAGGUGACCAAGGUCUGCGACAGCCGCCGCAAGGAGCAGGAGCGCAGCUUCCGGAUCACGUUUGAUUGAGUGACUCCCAGCUUGAGGGAUUAGCCCAAAAUCUCCACAGAGAACAGGUUAUUAGGGACCUUGGACUCAAAUGAUGAUCAGGGUUUGUUUCUUUUCUUGCAACAAAAUUUGUUGUCUCGGUCUUAGCUGUGUCGUACUGACCCUGACCGAGUCCAGUCUGAGGCACUGCCUGAAGUCUGUGCAGGCAGUAGGUGUCUGUGUCCCUUCUGGGUAACUGCAUGCAGCCUGGGGAGGUGCAGAGAUGCUGCCCCACAGCACAGAGUUGCACCUUGACCACAUUCAGCUGAGACUUCAUAAGCUUUUAUUCGUGCCCUUAGAGAUUGCUUAAUGAAGUGGUGUCCUCAGAAAGAGCUGCAGCAGUCUGAAGGAUGCACAUACAUCACAGCGGUUGCCUGACCUUGUGUUGCAGUCGGGUUUGCUUCCAGCUCUGAGAGUGGCCCUUGUUUUCUGUACUUUUCGCCAUCAGCUGCUUUUGUGCUGGUACCUGGAACUGGGUUUUCUAAAAUUAAAACUAGUAAAUGUGCUGUUAGAAAAGUA